AUGUUACUCUAUGAACUUGAUAAUGUUGUCGAUGAUGGUGAAUUAAAAUCAAUUCCAGAUGAUUUAAUUCACAAAUGUCAAUUAGCUCUUGCUCUUUGGUCAAUUGAUGGACGUGAAAAUAUCAAUCGUCCACCAUCUACACCUGAAGAUUAUGCUAAUGCUGAUCGUUUAAUGAAUAAACUUAAACAAACACAUCUAGUAUUAGGUGGUGAUGAACUUGAUCCACAAGGUUUUGUGCGUGAUAUAUUCUUUCUUGAUUAUCAAUGGUUCGUUUCAGCUGUACAAUAUUAUACAUUUAUUAAAUAUUAUGAUAAUGAUCCACUCGGUCCAAGUUCUAUUUACAAAUUAAUUGAAUGGACUAUCGAUUCAAUGGAUUCUACAGAUGAUUUUCCACCAAAAUAUCAUCUUGAACGUAGUUAUAGUCAAGAAUUUGGAUAUACUUAUAUGUUAGGACGAAAAAUUAGUCCUCAUUAUCAUGAAUCAUUAAUUAAUUUUGGAAAUUAUUGUCCAUCAUAUAUGGAACUAAAAACAUUUAUUAUUGGUGAUAUUACUGGAGAAAUGUCAUUAGAUGCUCUUAUUUCUUCUGGUUAUUUAGAUUAA